AUGGCCUCGGACCUCGCCAUGAGCGCGGAGCUGCCCAGCAGCCCCCUGGCCAUCGAGUACGUGAACGACUUCGACCUGAUGAAGUUCGAGGUGAAGAAGGAGCCUCCGGAGUCCUACUGCCACCGCCUGGCGGCCGGGUCCCUGUCCUCCACCCCCAUCUCCACCCCCUGCUCCUCCGUGCCCUCCUCGCCCUCCUGCUGCGACCCCAGCCCCGGCGCCGCCCCGCCCCCCCCGCAGGGCCUGGGCAGCGGAGGGGGGGGCGGCGGCAGCUCCACCACCUCCACCCUGGGGGGGGGCGGCAAGCCGCAGCUGGAGGACCUGUACUGGAUCCCGGGGUACCAGCACCACAUCAACCCGGAGGCGCUGAACCUGACCCCGGAGGACGCGGUGGAGGCGCUGAUCGGGAACGCGCACCACCACCACGCGCACGCGCACGGGCACGGGCACCACCACCAGGCCUACGGGCAGGGGGGCUACCCCGGGGAGGACCUGUCCACCACCCCGGGGGGAGGAGGAGGGGGCGGAGGGGGGCACCACCACCACCACCACCAGGGCCACCACCACCACCACCACCACCACCUGCACCCGGGGAGCCACGCCCACCGGCUGGAGGAGCGCUUCUCGGACGAGCAGCUGGUGAGCAUGACGGUGCGCGAGCUGAACCGGCAGCUGAGGGGCUUCAGCAAGGAGGAGGUGGUCCGCCUGAAGCAGAAGAGGAGGACCCUGAAGAACCGCGGGUACGCGCAGUCCUGCCGCUUCAAGCGCGUGCAGCAGCGGCACAUGCUGGAGUCGGAGAAGUGCACGCUGACGCAGCAGGUGGAGCAGCUGCAGCAGGACGUGCUGCGCCUGGCCAAGGAGCGAGACCUGUACAAGGACAAGUACGAGAAGCUGGCCACCCGGACCUUCAGCAGCAGGGACGGGACAUCCGGGAAGCAGGGGGGGGGCAGCAGCGACUUCUUCAUGUAGAGACCCCCAUCACCCCCCCUCUCUGUCCCACCCAAAAACCCCAAA